GCCGCGGAGCGGGGGCGGGGCGGCGCCGUCUGGCUCGGUUGGGCCGGGGCGGGAGCGCGGCGCGGGACGGCAGGGCCCGCGGGCUGCCGACGGCGGCCUAGGUGGCCGGCAGAGUACUUAGGAUUUCACGUAUUUUUGCUGAACUUAUUAAAAAAAAAGGCGCUUGGGAUGAUGGAUUAACAAGAACAUUGAAAUUCUGUGAAAACUUUCAAAUUGGAGCAUACUGAAUUUUCACCCUAGUCCAGCAGCUCUGCUGCUCACUUAAAUACAGAUGAAUGAAGACCCCAUUCGGGAAGACACCUGGCCAGCGGUCCAGAGCUGAUGCAGGCCAUGCUGGUGUAUCUGCAAGCAUGAUGAAGAAACGGACAUCCCACAAAAAACAUCGGAGCAGUGUGGGGCCGAGCAAACCUGUUUCCCAGCCCCGGCGGAACAUCGUAGGCUGCAGGAUUCAGCAUGGGUGGAAAGAGGGGAAUGGCCCCAUCACCCAGUGGAAAGGAACCGUUCUGGACCAGGUGCCUGUAAAUCCUUCUUUGUAUCUUAUAAAAUACGAUGGAUUUGACUGUGUUUAUGGACUAGAACUUAAUAAAGAUGAAAGAGUUUCUGCGCUUGAAGUCCUCCCUGAUAGAGUUGCAACAUCUCGAAUCAGUGAUGCACACCUAGCCGACACAAUGAUUGGCAAAGCAGUGGAACACAUGUUUGAGACCGAGGAUGGCUCUAAAGACGAGUGGAGGGGAAUGGUCUUAGCACGCGCCCCUAUAAUGAACACAUGGUUUUACAUCACCUAUGAAAAAGAUCCUGUCUUGUACAUGUACCAGCUCUUAGAUGAUUAUAAAGAAGGCGACCUUCGCAUUAUGCCCGAUUCUAAUGAUUCACCUCCAGCAGAAAGGGAACCAGGAGAAGUUGUGGACAGCCUGGUAGGCAAACAAGUGGAAUAUGCCAAAGAAGAUGGCUCUAAAAGGACUGGCAUGGUCAUUCAUCAAGUAGAAGCCAAACCGUCUGUCUAUUUCAUCAAGUUUGAUGAUGAUUUCCAUAUUUAUGUCUACGAUUUGGUGAAAACAUCCUAGAUGUCAUCACGAACUUUGCCAAAUUUGUGGAACUCUUAAAUGUAUAAUUUGUAGACAUAAAGACUUGAUUGCUUUCCAGUUUAAUGAAAGCUUAAAUGUCCCUGCGAACCCACAAUCUCUGCCAGCAGAACUGGUUUUGUUCUGAAUAGUACAGAUUUAUGUGAACACAAAGCAUUUUGUGUAAGGAACUCCUUCCUCUUAAAAGAAGUCUGUCUGUUUGGAAGGGAGUUACAGGCAAGUCUGGUAAAAGUUAAGCUAGUAUCAUAGUCAUUUAAAACUGUAGUAGAUCUUAUCCACUUUCCCCUUCACGCUUAACACUGUUAUUCUGCUGCCACAAUGCAAGCAUAGUUUGGUAUUUUUGUUAUUGCCUUUUUUUGAGAUAUAUAUGUAUCUAUAUCUACCUAUCUAUCUAUAUCUGUGUGUAUACAUAUAUAAUGUAUAUAUACAUACACAUAGAUCUGUGUGCACGCGCGCGCACACACACACACACACACACACACACACUUCGUGGGCAGUCCUUUCUUUGUGGGUUGGAGUGGGGGUUACAUAAUUUUCUCCAGUUUAACAGGAGUGCUGACCCAAGCCAUUUGUAUUUAGUGUAUUCAUUGUAUUACUGCUGUUUAUUUAAAAUUAAAUUUGGGCACAGGAAGCACAUCGGGACAUUCAGCUUAUUUUGAAAGUCAAGUUCAGAGUACCAUUUCAGUCUGGAGGCUUUAAACUGUAAAUUCAAAUAUGAAUCACCUGUGAACAUUUAAUGACCCACAUUACAAUUUUACAAAACAGAAAUCUGGGUAAAAGGCUGCCUUUAAUUCUAAGCUUUGUAUAUUAUUUGUUUACAUUUUUUAUCAUAAAUACUUCUUUUUAAGCAAAGCCCAGGUACUUGGUCCACAUAGUGUAAUGCCAGGUGUAUUUUGGAUGGCACAUUUGGUCCAUUAUUUGUACAAAUUAGUAAUCUGGAAUUUUAGUACACGGCUUUAAAAGGCAACAGUAUAUCAGCGGUUUAUGUGUAUUUGGUAAGUUCCUGGAAGAACGUAGUGCUUUUAUAUUAGAAAUGUAAGUUUAAGAAUGACAUUGUUGCCUUUUAACAAGUUCUCUGGGAUACCUUUAUUUUUAUUACUGUUAUUACUGAUAUAUGAUUAUGGUCAGAAGGCUUUUCCCCCUUGGCUUUUCCCCUCGAAGAAUGUCUAGACAAAUAACAGCUUAAAUUCCUGACACCUCUUGUGGUGCUGUAUGUUCUUACUCAUGGUAUGCUGUUGAUGUGGAUUCAUUCCAUUUGGUGGAUCCUGCCACAUCAGGGUCAGUCACCUGCACUGGCUUGUGGGUGUGACUGAUAGCAGCCCUUAGCCAUUGAAUCCUUUCCUGCAAGGUUGUUUUAACUAAAAUAGAACUGCAAAAGUGGUUCAUUUAGCAGCAGAACAUCAGUCUAUCACUUUGUUUUGGAUGAUCCCUGGCAGUUUGAAAGCUAGGAGAAAGAUGAUAUGUGAAACCAGUCUUGUGGAGAUUGAAAAUCUUACCUCUGAUUUGGGCAGAAAGCUUAAAUGCAUAUGAAUCUCAGUCAAACACCAGGUCUGUGUGACGUCUGUCAUGGCUGUUCUUGAUGUUAAGAGAUUCUGUAGUUUCAAGGCCGCGCUCUGCAUGGUUUGUGUGAUGCCCAUUUUUGCCUUCAGGAAGGCUGUGCCUUGUUGUGCUGGUGGGUGGUAACCUCGCACACCAUGUAAAUACAGCACCCCAGUUCUCUCCAGCGUGCCCAGUGCCUCACUGAGGGCAGCCAGGGGUGAGCUUCUCCAUGCAGUGGGUACCCAGGUCUUAGAUGUUCCUCCUGUGCUUGAAACAAGUGUCAUGCUACAGAUCUGUCAUCUGUUCUCCUGGAGGCUCUUGUAAGAGUUCCUGCAUGUGAAUCUCAAGGUUGAGCCCAGCUCCCUGUGCCCAAGUGGACACAUGUGGCCCAGAGAGUGUGUUGUCCAGCGUGCACUGCAUGAACAGGACACAGUGACUUCAGACUGAAAAACAAAGUCCUUUGGAGGUAUCCUGAGGGUUGGGUCAGUUGAGUUGAAACAUUUCUGGCAUUACUUAAUGACUUGCAUUGUGGUUUUUCUGCAAGUACCUUUAGCAACUUUUAAUACCACGUGAUCUCUCUAGAUGAAUGUGACGUGAUUUAUUAUCAUCAUUAUUUUAAUCAUUGUUCCAUUUAUUGCCUUUAGGGUUGAAGGAAGGGGAAGGGGUCUUUUUUUUGUUGUUUUUUCCUUUUUUUUUCCCAUUCUUUUUUCUUUUGGUGGCUUAAACCACACUUCCUGAUGCCAUGACUAACUCUGCUCCCCAGCCGAGUAUUUCAGGCUUCGUCUAGGCUCAUGUUUCAGAUCUGCAUGCAUUGCUUGCAUUUUCCUGGUAUCGGAAUGUUGGUUCCUUGUUCUAGGAAUACAACAUUAAUUUCCAAAAUUAUCAUGGGACUUGUGACAACACAAGACAUGAAUCUCUGUAUAAAAUGUAUUGGCCUUUCUCAUUGACCUGCUAUAGUAUUAUUGUGUCGUGUGUGUGUGCGUGCGUGAUGUCUGGCUGCCAUGUAAAGCUUCAAAGGAAAACCUUAAAAGCAGACCAUCCUUUUUUGCAUGCUCUAUUCUAAGUAGAAUGUUCAAUGUAACUAACUAAAAUUGCAUGUUAAAUAUAUUUAGGUUUUUUGUUUUCUAUCUUUGUUUUUAUUUGGUUUCAGUUUCUGUAUAUUUGCUUAACUGUGCUGUUUCAGUGGUUGUAGGAUGAAGAUGCACUGGUGAAGCAAAUGUAGUGCCAACAGAAGGUGAUUUUCCAGUUGUGUAUGUCAUGCAGCAUUUGAAGGGACUGUGCAUUCUUAAAACAAUCACAGUUGCUUCUAAACCAGAUUUCAUUUCUAUUAUUGUUUUACGUGCCAAACCCUGAAGUGCAUUGGGCUUGAAUCUCUGAACGCUGUGGACCCAUUAGAAGACUGUUUUGAUUGUCACAAAUUGUAGUGCCUGAAAACAUUCUUGAAGCUGAUUGUCUUAAAAAAAAAAAAAAAAGACAGUUCUCCAAAGACAAAACAGGAAUUAUUGUAACAGAAAAUAAUUAUGGUCAAAAUGUCUGUGGUUCCUUGGAAAUGCUGCGCUUUUUGUAUUUUCCAUCAUUAGUGCAGUUCGAACGAAUGUGUAUAGUUCAGAGGUCUUCGUGUUCGCAUUUUAAUAUUAGGUAAAUGACCUCAUCUUUCAAGCUUGAAUUCAUUUUUAAUUUUAUUUUAUACAAUGUGUAGACAGUUCCCUGUUCUCUGCAUUUAGAAGUAUAAACAAUAUAAAUCUGUUCAUUCUGUAAGUAAUUUUUAUAAUUAUGAUGUAACUCUAUCCUAUCCUUAAAACAUUUAAAAUAAACCCUUUAUGUGCAACUUUUGACUGUAAAUUUUGUGCUUAUGAGCAAACUGUGAUGUGUUAAACGUGCUUCUGAAAAAGUUGUUGAAGUUUUACUUGAAGAUUUUAAGAGACCUUUUUUCCCUCUUUUCACCAAAUGUAAAUGUCAGAUAUAUAUAGGAACAGAAAGAAAUAGAAUUUUUAUUUGAAUGAUAAUUAAUAGUACCUGUAAAGAAAGGGAGCAAUAAUCAGUAGCCCCAAUAUAUUAUAUAGUCCAAAAUAUGAAAGUUUGUGAUUAGCAAUUAAUGAGAAAUUUCAAUUUAUCAUAAAAUUUUAAACUUAAAAGAAUUGUUUUAAAUAGAAUUAAAUAAUGUGUGUUUUAUACUUUCA